CUGUAUCUCAUUGGAGGAUCUUUUGGACUCCGUGAAUUUGCUCAAAUAAGAUAUGAUGUCCACAAACUACAUGGCAAGGUUCUUGCAUUUGUUGCCUCCUCUACCACAGAGCUCCUCUCUGCCUAUCUUUCUUAGUCUGUAAAAGCACAGUGUUUCAAAUGGUUGAGUUGAGAUGAUUGGAACUGCAGCAGCAGAGCGUUUAAAUGAGGGUUCAUCAUCCACCCAAAAAGGGAAUACAUCUGCGAGUGACUGAACAAGACUAUGCCUUGUUGCUGGCUGGCACAUUCAUGUUGCUGUCCUCAUGUAAGCUAGCUCAGGUUGAUCCAGCUUUGAAAGAAAAAUUGAAACAGAACACUGUGACACUGGAAUCUGAAUAUGAGAAACUGGAAAAGUCUGACUUGAAUAACUGGGAGAACAUCAGAGGACCCAGUCUGUGGGAAGAUUCCAGGACUGUUCAGAAGCAACGGCGGGAGGCUCUCCAUCUCAAGCAGAGUGACUGAACAAGCCUACUUUGGUGCCUCUGAAAAAACAACUCUCUGGGUGGACUUAGUUUUUAAUCCCGUGAAGCCAGACACGGGAGCAAUUGCACCGAGCAAUUCAUGGUGGCGUAUAUAUAAGUAACUGUGAGAUCAGUCCAAAAGGCACUGUAUUAUAUGAAGCUCUGUGUUUGCAUCCAUUUGCAGAGUACCACAGGCUGUAUGUGAAUUUUCAAUUAAAAAAAGCUGAUUAUUCUACUUAGAA